AUGUCGAACUCAAGAAUAGACGGUGCAUUGGUGGAUCCAGGGCUAAGACAUGGCAAGCCGCUCAUCCCUGCUCUGCUAAUAUCGAAGACGACUGGGGUGUCCUUGGAGCCACCGGCCAUGGUGGAUGCUCCACGCAACGCACUUUGA